AUGUCACCAUCCCUUCCUACCCUGAUUCUCUGCCAUGGCGCCUGGCACACCUCAGAAUAUUGGAACACGGUCAUAAACGACCUCGAACAAAAGGGCUAUAAAUGCAUAGCGCCGACAAUCAUCUACAAUGGUGGAGAGAAGCCGGUCCCAUCGAUGGCACCUGUUGUGGCUGCUCUGCAAGAAGUCAUCGCCGAUGAAAUCGGGCUGGGUAACAAUGUAGUCUUGGUCAAUCACUCCAUGGCUGGUAUGACAGGUUGCAGCGCUGUCAGGGGCUUCACAAGAAAGGACCCAUCAAAACGCAGAAGUGACAACUCUGGCUAUGUCACAGGGUUAAUCCAGAUCACUGCGUGGACACCAACCAUACAUGAAACUUCUCUGGCCGAUUUGAGCGAGGACUUUGCACGAAGACACCCGGAAUUCAAGAUGGCUCGAAUGAAGACCAAGAUCGACGACGAAGGCUGGUCCGAAGUGCAGGGCGAGCCUGCAGAAUACUUCUACAACGACAUGCCUCGCCACGACGCAGACAAAUGGAGCUCCAAGCUCAUCAAAUUCUCGGCUGUAGUGCGGAAUGCACGGGAUUCUGUCUACGCCGGAUGGCAAGACGUGCCCGUCUGGUAUCUGAUAUGUACCGUCGACAAUGCGAUCAAGAAAGAGCUGCAAGAGGAUAUGGUGCAGACAUGCCGAGCACUCGGUGCCAACAUCACGACGAGGGAGUGCGAGGCUGGUCACUCACCGAUGCUGAGUAAGCCUGGGGAGACGGUGGCCUUCAUUGAGGAUGCUGUGAGAGCGUUUGGAAGUGUGUCCGCUUAG